AUGCCUUCUCUUGAUGUCCCGGGAGCCUCAAUCAACUACGAGAUCUUUGGAAGCGGUCCUCUCUUGCUCUGCAUACCAGGUGCAGACGGACGUGGAUCUGUAUUCCACGAGGCAGCAAAAGCCGCAUCCGACAAGUUCUCGGUCGUGUGUUGGGACCGCCGCGGAUACUCCAAAAGCCUGCUUCGUGGUCCACAAAAUCUUCGCUCCCGUCUCGAGACAGAUGCAGAUGAUGCUGAACGUCUGAUUUCCCACCUUAGUUCGGAUGGCGCUUAUGUCUUUGGAACUUCAUCUGGUGCCAUUGUGACUCUGAUGUUACUAAGCCGACACUCGGAAGUGGUCAAGACAGCAAUCGUGCACGAGCCGCCUGCCUUCACGGUGCUCCCAGAUGAUCUUCGUCAGCAGGCAGCUGGAUUCAUUCAGCAGAUAUACGAUACAUAUCGCAGUGAGGGACCUCAGAGUGCAAUGGAAGUCUUUACGUCCGGACUUUCCGAUGGCAAGGAGGCCGAAGUCAUGCGAUCUUGCAUUUCGACAAGCCACGGCGAUGAGAUCCGCGCCAACAGCCUUUGGUGGUUUGAAUUCGAGCUGAGACAAUACACAAGUGCAGUUCUUCACAUGGAUUCGAUUCUCACCGUCAAAGAAAAGGUUAUGAUCGCUGUGGGUGUGGACUCGGCUGGCUUAGGCGUGGCGCCAGCUUCAAUUAUUGCAGGUCAGCUGGGAAAGGAAUAUAUCACAAUCCCAGGUGGCCAUGUGAGCUACAUGGUCUCACCAGAAUCUUUUAUCACAGUGUUUCAAGUAGCCCUUUCUUGUCAGAUAAUUGGAUGUCCGUCGUGUAUUGUGGAACCUCCCGUAGCUUUUGCCCAGGCUUGUGGAAAAGGGCACCCCAGCAUUGCCGCCGUUUUGCAACCAACAUAUAAGAUUAUGCCUGACUAG